UCUCCCCUUCUUUUUUUUAUAUAUAACCCUUUCCCUUGCUUGUCUUUCCACUCUUCAAAUUAAACCAGCAAAAUCUUAUCUUAGCUACCCCAUCACAACAACCACGAUACUAUUUCUCAUACUCUAUUAGGCAAAAACACCACCAAAUGGGAGAGGAAAAGGAGCAGCCUAAGAAUGACACCGAGAAAAAGCCCGAGGAGGUAGCCCCCAAGAAAGACGACGGACCCAUCCCUGUCGUUUACAAACUCGACUUGCAUUGCGAGGGAUGCGUCAAGAAGAUCAAACGCACCUGUCGCCACUUCGAAGGUGUGGAAACCGUUAAGGCGGAUCUAUCGUCGAACAAGGUGACCGUUACCGGUAAAAUGGACGCCGAGAAGCUGCGAGAUAAGAUUGCCGAGAGAACAAAGAAGAAGGUUGAUAUCAUAUCAGCUCCGCCGAAAAAAGAAGCCGCCGUUGCGGAAAAACCGCCGGAGAAGAAGGCAGAAGACAAGAAGCCUGAGGAGAAAAAACCAGAAGAAAAACCUAAAGAGAGUACGGUGGUUUUGAAGAUCAAACUACACUGUGACGGUUGCAUUGCGAAAAUUCGAAGAAUCAUUCUUAGGUUCAAAGGUGUUCAAUUGGUGAGCCUCGACGGAAGCAAGGACUUGGUGACGGUGAAGGGAACGAUGGACGUGAAGGAGAUGUUGCCGUACCUGAACGAGAAGCUGAAGCGAAACGUGGAAGUGGUGCCUCCUCCGAAGAAAGACGACGAUAAGAAAGAGAAAGAAGGAGGCGGCGGCGGCGGCGGCGGCGGCGAGAAGAAAGAAGGCGGUGGUGAGAAGAAAGAGAAAGAAGGCGACGGCGAGAAGAAAGAGAAAGACGGUGCGGCGGCAGCGGCUGCGGAGGUUAUUAACAAAAUGGAGUAUAUGCACCGGAUGGCACCUCCUUCGUUCUGGUACGACGGAGGACACUUUCCCGGUCAAACAAGUUACGCUAUGGAGGUUCAUCCAGGGUAUGGUGCUAGUGCUAAUAAUCAUUACGUGGAGCCAGGGUACGUGAACCAGGGUUAUCCUCUGCAGCCACCUCUACCGUACUACAUGCACCCGCACGCUCCUCCUCCGCAGAUGUUCAGCGAUGAAAACCCCAAUGCAUGUUCAAUCAUGUGAUGAUCGGUGAUUAAUUUUCGGUGUACACUUACACACGUACGGGAUACGGAUACGGAAUACGCAUGGUGUAAUUUGUAAAUAAAAAAAAAUUGACGUGCGUGUAAAAAUUGAGGGGUGGAUAAUAUUCCGUGUUAUUAAAAUUUAAUUAAUAUAGAGAGUUUUUAUAAUAUGGUAGAAUUUUGAUAUAAUAAUAUAUCAUAUGUGUAGGUUGUUGUUUUAGAGAAUAGAGAUAGAGAAUGGCCGGCUGGCUGGAGAAUCCUGUCCAGAACUCACAUCACAUGAGCUGUUCUUUGUUUUGUUUAUUUUUCAGAAUAAAUGGUUUACUAUUAUUUCAAUGAAAUUUGUUGAUCUUAUUAAAAAA